CACUGACGUGUGUUGAUGAGGCUGCACUGAUAGGCAGCACUGAUGGGCACUGAUGAGGUGGCACUGACUGACGGACGGCACUGAUGGGCAGCACUGCUGGGUGGCAUGGCUGGGCACAGGUGGGUGGCACUGAUGGAUACAGGUGGGCAGCACUGAUAGGCACUUAUCAUCAGGGCAGUGAUGAUCAGUACCCUGAUGAUCAGUGCCCAUCACUUCUCUGACAAUUGCCAGUUCUUGGCACGAUCACCGGCAGCGCCGGGGGAGCGCAGGGGACAUGUUCUGGAAUAACGUCCAUGGAUG